UUGUCUUGCCCACAGCUGCGUCACUGACAGGAAGAAAGCAUGCACCACAUGGUUCUGCCCUAUACAUCUAUCUGCUUGCUACUCUUUAGAAUUUGUCGAGAUUCAUUUUCUUCAUUUUUGUUUCUGCAUAGAAAGACUUUGAGGCAAGACCAAUCCUAAACCCUUAUCUAUCGCUAUUUUAAAAGCUGCUUUCCCCUCCUUUUCCUUUGGCGGGUUUGAGACAGGUUGUUGGGGUGUUUGGGGCACAAGGGCAGAUGGCGCUUGGUGUGUAGUGCAGUGGAAAAGCCACUGUGUGCAGAGGAGUGGAGUGAAAACAACUGAUUCAGCAGUCAUGGGAUGUUGCAGUGUGACCCCGGUAACCAAAGGAAUCGAUGAUGUGGGUCCAGACGAGAUCGAGCUUCUGGAGAUUGAUGGAGCUGGGCUAUGGACUUUAGGAGAAAGCAAGCUGCAGUUUUCAUUAAAGAAUGAGACAGAAGAAACCCCACCUCAUUCUCCACCUGCCAGGAAUCUUACAACGUCUGAACGCUUAUAUGAGGCCUCAGAUCCAAUUCCUACGAAGGAGUCUGCUCAGAAAAGGAUCUCACAGGUGGUACUUUGGGGCCAAACUAAAGAGGAACUCCACCAAAAGCUGUAUACGUGUCCGGUGCGAGACUGGGAGGGACGAGAUCUCCAUGCUUAUGGAGACAUCAUUUACUCUUCUCUAGUGCUUUUACAUAACGGCUACACAAAGGUUCUGACUGAAAGAUAUCUAGUUCUUUUUUCUUUUCAUUUAUUAAUCCUUGCCCUGGACAACUCAGCGCAUGAGUUUAUCUAUGAGGGCAUACUUCCUCUGUCAGCAAUUGAGGUGAAAGUGAUUUCUAAGCAGGACCCCUUUGCUCCACACAUGUUCGAGAUCAGCGGACCCAUGGUGGACUCUAAGAUUUUUAAGUGUGCCAGUGGAAGUGAAAUAAAUCUCUGGAUGGAGAACAUCGAGGAUAGGAGAUGCAAGUCCCUCAGUCAGCAGCUCAGCCCUUGUCACUGUGCUCUCUCCUACCUGUUGCCAUGUGAUGAGGGCUGGAAGAGGGAGGAGCUGAAGCGUUAUUUGCUGAGGUCUCCCAUAUUGCAAUGGGAGGGAUCCCCUAUCCAGCACAUGGGCCAGCCAUCCUACCUCUCUAUAGUACACAUCAGCAAUACACAGAGACUGGAGUCUCAGGAGCGUAUCUUUGUGCUCUUUCCUCUGGAUCUCCUUAUCCUGUCUGUUGACAGUCAGCGGCUCUGGGUUAAAUAUGAGGGUUGCCUGCCAAGGAAGAGUAUCAGGGCUUUGGAGAAAUCUGCCCGGCAUGGCAGACUUCAAUUCGAGCUUACAGGAGAACUGAUGGAAUCUCUAUUAGUCUCAUGCACAUACCCAGAAGACUACCAGAGUUGGAUUUUCCAAUUACAACAGCCUGAAAAGUCACAAGCUUUUCCUAAUCACACAACUCCACCUCUCAUACCGAAGAAACGCAGAAGUUGAGGCCAAAAAGUGAAGGCAUGCACCAGUUAUUGCACAGGUUCCCAGAGGUUACUACUGGAAUUUUGGAGUAAUAUCAGUCUUGCAAAUUUUAUGAUUUUUCUGCUCUAACAUACCUAAUUCAAAUAAGUAUGUAAUCACCUGACCUUAUCUGGAACUGUUAAAGCAGGCAAACAUGCAUAGGGCAAGUGGUGCUCCAAGACCUGGUCUGGGAACCGUUAGUGGACUAAAAAUUAAAAAAACAACAACAGCAAAAACAUUAUUUCUUGAAACUGCCUUCAAACAGAAUUAUGUUCUGUUCAUCUGCUGUGCCGUGCAUAUUUUCUGAUUCGCACGCAGCAGCAUGUACAGAUGUUUUUCAUUUUAGCGUAAUUCAAAUGUUUGGAUUUAAAUUAGACAUAUCAUUAGACCAGUGAAUUCUUGCAAAAUGCAUGUAUAUGCUUUCACUGAACAAAGCCACAAACCUGCCUGCUUUCCUCUAAAAUAAAAUGCUUCUCUGAGGCAUAAUAAAUUACUUUAAUUAGAUGCACAUUCUUGAGCUGCUGCAGUAGAUCUUUCUUAUCUUAUUAAGCUCAGCUCUUAUUCCGUAGCCGUCACUACGCCGAUUUAGAACUGUCGCAAACUCAGAGAAACGAAGUCUAACGUUCUUUGGUAUUGCUGUCACAAUAAAGCUAUUCAGUUUACCUCA